AUGCCCCGGAUAACUUUUUGUUAUUAUCCAACAUCAAUGAUAAAGCAAUCGGUCCGUUUCGUGAGUCGUUGUGCAAAGACAGUUUUAGUUGUCAUGGCAACAUAUUUGCGUCCAAAAUGGCGUCUUUGCUUGGGGAGAGACUGUUUGAAAUUAGUGGUCAGGGUCCGCCGCCUCAAAAGGAUUUUUUUCAACUUGUCAUUACCAAAAACGAGGUAAUACUAACCUCAUGGAGGAUUUCUUUGCGACUUGAAUGCAGAGGUCUUCCCCCAAAUCAGCAGAAGAUAUCUCAUCAGGACUUCCAAAAUGAUAAAACUCUACAGUAUGAAGUCGGUGCUGUUUUUGGGCAAAGGAUCCUGGAUUACACAGCAGCACUGUGUCAAGGAAAGUUUGAUUACCUGGAGCGUUUACCUGAUGACAUCAUGCUCCGAAUCAUGUACUGCCUCGAGCUGAAAGACAUGGCACUGCUGGCACAGACGUCACGCAGAUUCAAAACGGUGAGGACAACGCUCUUCAGCUCUGAGAAGUUUUGGGAGCAGACUGUGAGGAACUGCGCUGGGUUUAACAGGGACAUUGAGGACAUAGCCAAUGCCAUGGGCUGGAAGCGCACCUUUCUAACUUUUUUCCACAACAGUGAUGAUAAAAAACAGCAGUAAAAUAUAUAUUUAAAAACAAA